CUAAUACGACCAUUGAAGACCGGGAAAACCCCUAAAUCCGUGACGAUGAGAAUCGCCAGAUUCGCUCUUCGUUCCCUGGAUGACGUAGUUUCCCACAGAUCGUGUCGUCCAAUCGUCGCUAGAGCCCUCUCGGCCAACGCAGGUGAGGCUCAAAAUCCAGGACCCUUCGAGUCGACGGAUGACUUUGAGAGGCGAAUCUUUGGAGGAAAUGCCGGCAACGACGACAAAACGAAUGCUUUCUUCCAGCACCUGGGUCGGGCGGAGAAAGAGGUGCGCGAUUGGCGGGGCGGGAGGUUUGGAGGGUCCGGUUUCUCCGGCGGAGGUUCCAACAAUGACGACAUCGGUGACGGCUUCGACCCUUUAUCCGAUGGUAUCGAUGGUAAAUUAAAGAAAGCAGCAGCUUUUUUUGAGUUCGACCAGGAUGAAAGACCGCAAGAUGGUUACUCGUUCAGACCUAACGCUCCUAGUUGGGGCGAUACUUACACUCGCAGGGAUUUGGAUCUUAGGAAGGCGGGGACACCAAGAGGUAGGCCGGGACUGUUUGAAGUGACCAGCGAGGAAGUUCUGAAAAAAGCUGAUUUCCGGAAUGUAAGGUUUCUUGCGAGAUUCUUAACCGAAGCUGGGAUUAUAAUCAAAAGGAAGCAGACUGGCAUUAGCGCAAAGGCUCAGAGAAAGAUUGCGAGAGAGAUAAAAACGGCUAGGGCUUUUGGGCUGAUGCCUUUCACAACCAUGGGGACGAAAGCGUUUGUUUUCGGGAAAACCAUGGAGGCCAAGGACGAAGAUUUUUCGUACGAAAUGAUGGAAGAUGACGAAGAUGAUAUGGAUUCGGUUUGAAUGUACAAGUUCCGACAGGAUUGGAGCUCCCUUUUCCAUCCUUAGUCAAAUGGGGUUUGUUGUUUUGGAAUAAUGUGGGUAAGCUUACCAUUGCCAAGGAUACGAGAAGACUGUCUUUGAAUUGCUGCUGUUUUGACUAAGUCUGGCUUUGUAUCUGCAGAUCUAUGGCAAGUGAUUCGACAUUGUUAUUUUGAUCUUGAGACUACUACUUGUCAGGUUA